UUCUUUCUCUCUUCCUUGCUCUUUCAAGAAAAUUUGUACUAGUUUCUUUAUUUCAUCUUCUGUGCUUCAAGCAUGGAUGGAAAUAACAAUGUAAGAGGUUAUUCUGAUCGAGAUCCCACCCUUCUCAUGGAAAGAGGAUCACUAUUCUUCUCUCAAGGCUGCUAUGCUGAUGCUGCUAAUUGCUUCAGGCAUGCUCGUGAUGCCAGCAUUCGAAUUCAUGGUCGAUCUUCUUUAAAAUGCGCCAUUAGCCGCUAUAGCCAUGGCCUUUCCUUGUUGUGUCAAGUUCCAGUUCCAGUUCCAGAAAAUGAUCCAAUGGCUCUUCUACCAAAGGAAGUCGAUUACUAUAAAAGUUCAGUACUUCCAUUUCCUAGUUCUGCUUUCGGGACAUAUAGAGGGGCAAUGGAGGAGAAUUACGUAAGAAUUCUAGAGGUUGCAAAGGGAGAACUAAAUCUUGCAUGGUCGCUUAUGGAAUAUCGAAUAGACAACUACUUACUGAAAGGAAACGUACUGUCUGCCCUGGGGGAGGUUGCACUCAGAAGAGGGGAGUCAAACCCUCAGCGUUACUAUUUCGAAGCAUCGUCCAUUUUCGAUACUUGGCUUGGAGAAAACAAUAAGCGAGUAGCGGAUAUAUAUGUGAAACUAAUAAUCUGCCUGGAGGGUAGUGACGAGAGUAAAGCGCUUGCACAUGGUUGUAAGGCUUAUUUAAUAUAUGAUGCUCUACACAAGAAGCUAUUAUCUGAAAUAGAUUCGGUGACACGGACAGCAAAUCAGAGAAGAGGAUUAAGUUCUGUAACACGAACGGAUCCCUUUAUUCAGCUAAAGAACGAUGAAGCCACACACCUCCGUAAUAACUUACAAAUACUGGGUCACAAGGCAAGUUCUUAUGAGACACAUUCUCUAUUUGUACUCUUUACAAGACAAGUAAGCUGAAUCUUUUGUCUUUCUAUUUUUGAAGCUUCAACGUUUGGGUUUAGGCCCAUCCCUCUCACUACCCCAGGAAAGAACUCGGGUCACUCCAGCUGGUCACAGAUGCGCAAAAGAAAAAGUCGAAAUUAACACAAAUCUUGAACUCUGAGAAACAUUUUGAUAACUAAAAACUGAUCUGCCAAUUGAUUCUCUGAAACUUUCUUUGUUUGGUUAGAUGUGGAUACGGUUUCGUGGAAUCCCACCGUGAGCAAUGUCAGAUUUUUCACAUUUUUAGCCGUGGGAAUUCAACUGCCACCCAGAACUUUUAAUAAAUCUGUCCCUGCAUAAA